UGGAGGGACAGGUGUUUUGAUAAGAGCCAAUAGAUGUUCCCAGUGAGCCGCUGCUGUGUGAACUCACGGAGCGACACCACCACCACCGCCACCGAACUUUAUUGUGGCCGCGCGUUAUCGCGAGACUUGUGCCAUUAUCAACCUGCUUGACACACAGCAGCGCUGAGUGCAGCCUGCCUUGCCAGGGUUAGGACCGAAGCUUCAAGAAACGACAAGGAGCAGCGAAAACAUCUGGACCGCACAUCAUGAGAGGAGACCGGGGCUUGUAGGUGGGGGAACAGCACGACGGAUCGGGCGGACACACAUGUUAUGAAGGAAGAAUGGAGUUCCCAGACCAUAGCCGCCAGUUGCUGCAGUGUCUGAGUCAGCAGCGUCACCAAGGUUUCCUCUGUGACUGCACUGUUCUUGUCGGCGAGGCUCGAUUCAGAGCGCACAGAGCCGUGCUGGCCUCCUGCAGCAUGUACUUCCAUCUCUUCUACAGGGACCAGCAAGACAAAAGGGACGUUGUGCAUCUCAACAGUGACAUUGUGACAGCCCCUGCUUUCAGUCUGCUCCUUGAAUUUAUGUAUGAGGGGAAGUUGGAGUUCAACACUCUGCCAGUGGAGGAUGUCCUGGCAGCAGCCAGCUACCUCCACAUGUAUGAUAUAGUGAAAGUGUGCAAAGGCAAGCUUAAGGAUAAGGAACUUUCGUGCCUGGACGAGAAGAUUGGCGAGGGUUUGGGACUCAGCUGCCUGGACAGGGAAAAUUCCUCGGAUGGCGAGCUGCACAGUAAGCAGCUACUCCGGCGACAGCUCCAGUCACAGUCUCUGGGGCUUCACAGGGCCCCCCCGGCAGAAGAGUUUGACAUGGACAACGGCGAACUCAGGCUGGCUGUCACAGAUUGUGAUAGGUCUACACGGAGCAGGCAGAAGGCGAACGGUCACUCUGGCAGGUCCCCGGACCUUGUAAGUGUCAAUUAUGUGUCAGCAGAGGCCGAGCCCUGCGUCCAAACAGCUGGAAAAACAAAAGCUGAUGUCAGUAGUUCCACCGUAUUGCUGUCCCAGAGGUCCCGGGCUUCAGAUGACAUGGACUGUGCACUGGAUUUGUCUUUCAAGCCUCUGUCUAGCAGAGAUCCCUUACACCCCUCCUACGUCUCGGGACAGCUGGCCCUCGACAGCCAGCAGCAGGGCAUUGAGCCACUUGUUAAAGACGAACACGACUUGCUGUCAGAGCAGGAGGACAGUGAGCCGAUGAGCCCUGAGAGCCAGCGCUUUGGGAAUAGUGCCAGGAGCUCGGUGGUGACAGGGUUCGCUGCCCUCUUCCCAGGCAACAACGGCUCUACAGCCGCCCUGCUCUCCCAGGAGGAGGACCUGAUGGACGAGGAGGGGGAGGCCUGCAGAAGGAGGGAGGGCGCCCCAGGCAGGGCGUUGGAGGAGCGGAGGGUCAGGCUGCUGGGGGACAGCGAGGAGGAGGAGGAGGACGACCUGGCCUCUUCAGACAUCUCCACCUCCAGCGGCGUGCUGCUGCCCCCGGGGCAACAGGUGUGUGUGUGCCCCCUCUGCAGCAAAGUCUUCCCCAGCCCCCAUGUGCUGCAACUGCACCUCAGCUCACACUUCCGCGAGAAGGAAGGCGCUCGCUCCAAACUGUCCCCGGACGGCUCGGUCCCCACCUGCAUGCAGUGCAACAAGACCUUCUCCUGCAUGUACACCCUUAAGCGCCACGAGCGCACACACUCUGGCGAGAAGCCAUACACCUGUGGCCAGUGUGGCAAGAGCUUCCAGUACUCUCAUAACUUGAGUCGGCAUGCUGUAGUGCACACACGUGAGAAGCCUCACGCUUGCAAGUGGUGUGAGCGGCGCUUCACCCAGUCCGGGGACCUCUACCGCCACAUCAGGAAGUUUCACUGUGGCCUUGUCAAGACUCUCGCCAUCGGAUAAAACACCUCUCACCCGUGCCAUGGCAUGAGACAGAAAAUGUCUUUUCAUACACUGAAUACAAUUACUGAACCAUUCUCCUGUUAGUACACAGCCGUUUGUGGCAGUCUGUCGGAGACAUAUCUUUCUGGAUUCUAACCCCAUGUGGCAUUUCUCAAGUCUCAAAAGAUGUAGCAACUUCUGAGGCAGGAGCUGUUUACUUGCGCCGAGGCUGUUGAAGGUGCACAGGCUGCUCAGAUCAACAUGGGUGCUGUGAAAUUCAAGCUGGAUCUGUGUGAGCGACGAUGAACAAAUCAGACAAUGCACUUGUUUGUUUCUGCCCUGUUUAAGUCAAUCUGUUGAGUUUAUUUAGUGAGAGCGAGAAAAAAAAACAACAUCCUAUGUAUUUACCCUCUGGGUAAUGAUGUCUAAUGCUAACAUAUGUUAAUACAAUCUUUAGAGUAGGUGAGACUUUUGUGCACAUGGGAGAUCAGAACCGUCCGUGAGUAGCAAUAUAUGAUUUGUUUUUAAAGCUUCUACAUUUAUUAUUAUUAUUACUAUUUAUUAUUUGGGAUUUGUCUAGUCCUCUAACAAGUAAACUAUUAUAAGGCAGCAAAACUAAUGAAGUCUGACUACUGGAAGUAUGAUUAAUAUUAUUGUUCACAGUUUGUGUUUGGUUGAAAUGAAGUCAACUGCAGUUUUAUGUUGUUUAGAACAAGAGGCCCAGACCAUUACAUCAUCAUGUAUCUUUUUUUGCAUUGGGGAGAGUUAGCAGCUCUUUUAGUUACUAAUGUAAGGCAGCACAUAUCGAUGACACGGCCUUGGAAUUGCUACUUAAAAAGGAAAAGUUGUAUAAGCAGCGGGGGGAUGGAGAGCUAGUUGGGAGCUAAUGCCUGUAACACUGGUGCCUACUGAAGUCCUCAACCUAGUGUACUUACUAAAAACAAGAAUGAUACAUAAAUAUUAUCAUGCCUUCACAUCUGGAUCACACUCCCUAUACCAGGUCAUAACAAAGGUAAUUGUCUGCACUGGAAGGAUCCCAGCGUGUCCUUAAUUAAAUCUUUUUUUUUUUUUUUAACAAGAAUGUAAUAAACGUAAAUCAAGCUCCUGUCAGUUAAAUGUUUAUUGGCGUGUUGUGGUUAAAAGCAAAUAUUUGCCAGUAAAUUACCUUGUUAUUUCCUGGUAUGGCAUCUAAAGGGCCCGCUGAUCCGGUGUUUGAGGCCAACCCUCCGCAGGCAGGGAGGGGAAAGACGGAGACAGGUGGAUGUUCGGUGCUUUCGUCAGAUGCUGUCGCCCGUCUGUUCGUCAAAGAUGUGCCGCGUGGCCGAACCUACCGACGUUUCUUUCUCCGAAAUUAACUUUCUCCACAUUGAUUCUUACUGUACGUGUGUCUAAAUUACUACUGAUGAAGUUGGAGCCUUUAGCGGCGCUCGUCCCCGAGAGAAUCCUUUGGGCGGGAAGUGGAUUUUCUUCUGUCCGGUCUCGAGAGGAGGCGUGGCGCUAAAAGUUCCUGAUAUUUGUCUAUUCUGUCCUGAGAAGACUUGAUCAGAAUUUUAUUUAUUAGUUUGGUUCAGGGUUUACUGUAGCUGUAGUUCUCGUUUCUAUGAGCUUGAGAGACGCCACGUCUUGCCUAUAGCGAUCUUGGUACUCAUUAACUGUUGUUUGGGGGCUGUCUGUUUUAUUUUCUCUGUGCAAAUCAAGUUACUGUAAUUGUAUUUUUAAUACACCAUGUAGAAACCUCUGUCGAGUGUUCAUGAUGUGUCACAUGGAACAUAGAGAAGCACUUGUUUUUAGCAUGCAUAUAGUUUCAACACUAUUGUCUAGGCUGCUAUUUCUUACUGUUUGUAUAUUUAAUGUAAAUAUAUAUUGUAUUUAUCAGACUUUGUUUGUUUUUCCGUGUGACAUCGCGCGUCGAGGAGAGUCAGGUGUCUUAUCGAGGCGACACGGCCUCUUAAAAGUGUCCCGUCUUCCAGAGGGGGUUUGGUUCAUUCUUUCUGUUUCCGCCAUUUUUUUUUUUUUUAAGGACUUGAUUGGACUCCGCCUCGCUACAAAUCAGUGCAGUUAGUAAGAGCUCCGACUUCUGUUCUGCCACAGGAAACAGCGGUUCACAAGUACAGCCACAUUGAUACGGCAUCGGCUACCUAUAGAAACGAGACAAUACAGGCAUUGUCCCCCCCCCACCCCCCACCUCUCUACCAAGUCCCAGGUAGUUCUCAAGGGAUCAUUGUGUAUCUCUCUCUCUCUCUCUCGGCGCUGUGGGGAGAGAAGCCGGCGCAAGUCUCUCUUUGCACUUUUUCUGUAUUGAAUGGAGCCCUCGGAAUGUGAGAAAUGUAUUUGGCAAAGGGAGACCAAGGAGACUGUAAACAGGUGUAUUGUUCGGAAGGCAUCAAAGAACAGCCCCCCCCCCCCCCACCACCACCCCCCCACCCCGUCCCAGCACGUGGUAGAUAAACGCCUCAUUGUUCCCCCUACAUGCAGAAGUACCACGGUGAUUCGAUUGCACACAUCUAUCGAGAGAAUAUCAGAGCAUUGUUGUUCAAGAAAAAGUUGCGGAGACUGACGCGGAAUAUCUGGUGGUGGAGGUCAGACGUAGGUGCUCUGAACCUGUCCAUUUCAGCAGAGACUCCCCGAGGUGUUGUUUUUCUUCAAGGUUUCUGUCAGUACACAAAAAGAUAAAUUCGUAUGUGGUUUCGGAGCGUUAGCAAAGGUUUCAAGCGCAGAAACCCAAGUCCAGAAGAAAUCGGCCCCUUUUUUAUUUAUUUUUUUAUUACAAGCAACCUCCCUGACUUGCCAUCAACAACAGAGCUGAAUGGGAGUUGCUUGUAAUCUGCCUCUCCUCCGUUUACUUGCACAAACACUCCUGUUGUUCGCACGCCACGUUUCUCACUUUGGUUAUUCAUCAGAACAACAGACUUGUGUGUCGCAUACAUAGAUGCCGCAUUAGUGUUGAUAAUGUAUAUUUCAAUCCAAUCGCAGGAAUGUAGAUUGUCACUGUUUCAUUUCUUCUGAAGUGCAAGUUAAAAAUCACUUGAUUCUCUAAUGUACAUGUGUACAGAGGUAGCUGAUCAGACAAACUAAUGACACGUGAAAAGGGUCUUUUCUUUCUUUUUGUUAUUCUUUGCCGUCUUUAUUUAUACCUCCAGGAUGAUCACCACAUGUGCCUUGUAGACACACGGAUGGGUGUUGCAUCUGGAGAAGGCCUUUUUCAAUACUGUACAUUUUUACCCUCGACGGCGGUGUCAACGUUCUCAUCCCAGCUCCAGUGGCUCGCCCACUAAUGUGAAACCCUUCACAGCAGUUGUUCCUGUUUUUUUUCAAUUCUAUCAUAUCAAAAAAAUGUAAAUCCUGACAAACUGAAAGUUUGAAGUCCAUUUAUUUUUGCUGCUUUGAGAGAGAUUACAUCAACGUUUUGAGAUUCAUUUCACCUUUUUUUCUUUUUUGUCUGCGACUAAAUCUGUUUUGGAUUUUUGUUUAACUGAAGACAAGCAUUUGUGUUUUGGCUCAUUAGAAGCCAGUGCUAGUGGGAACUAACAGUAUGUUCCGCAGUUAAUGUCACUGUUGAAUGUGAAACACUGAGAUUUUGAUUGUUGACUUUAGUGGAGACGGUGCCUCUCUCGACUGAGGGCCGCGCUCUCCUAACUCAUGCUGUAUGAUCUUUUUAAGUAAAAAAAAACUGUUGUCCUCUGCAGGAUACAACUGUGAAAUUGUGUUUAAUCAUGAGACAUAUUUAUUAUUGCAAUUUGCUUCUGGUGCAACAAUUGACUGUUUCUGUUUUAAUUUGGUUUAAAAAAAAGAAGACAAAGCUUCUAAAUGUCAAACGAAAAAUCUUUUUAAUAGAAUUUGUAGAAGUGCCAUUAGAUUUUAAUAUAAUUUUUUUAAUAAGAAAGGUAUAUUUUAUAGUAAUCAAUAGCUUCAGUCUUAGUGGUGUAGAGAUUAGAGGACAAUCUUUAUGCAGAAUUGACUUAGAUAUUGAGGUGAUUUAAUUUGAUCUAUAACUGUAUGUGCAUUUUCUUUGUUUGCGCUUUUGGAGUGUGCUUGUGUGUGUGUGUGUUUGUGUGUGUGUGCUGUGGAAAUGUGACAAUCUUGAUUUAGGUCUUUAUUAAGAUUAUGCAUAGAAUUAAAUGGAACAACUUUC